CGGGUGGCGGGCGCGGCGGCCCGGGCCCGGGCGGUGAUUGGCCGCCUGCUGGCCGCGACUGAGGCCCGGGCGGCGGGCGGGGAGCGCAGGCGGAGCUCGCUGCCGCCGAGCUGAGAAGAUGCUGCUGUCCCUGGUGCUCCACACGUACUCCAUGCGCUACCUGCUGCCCAGCGUCGUGCUUCUGGGCACGGCGCCCACCUACGUGCUGGCCUGGGGGGUCUGGCGGCUGCUCUCCGCCUUCCUGCCCGCCCGCUUCUACCAAGCGCUGGACGACCGGCUCUACUGCGUCUACCAGAGCAUGGUGCUCUUCUUCUUCGAGAAUUACACCGGGGUCCAGAUAUUGCUAUAUGGAGAUUUGCCAAAAAAUAAAGAAAAUAUAAUAUAUUUAGCAAAUCAUCAAAGCACAGUUGACUGGAUUGUUGCUGACAUCUUGGCCAUCAGGCAGAAUGCACUAGGACAUGUGCGCUACGUGCUGAAAGAAGGGUUAAAAUGGCUGCCAUUGUAUGGGUGUUACUUUGCUCAGCAUGGAGGAAUCUAUGUAAAGCGCAGUGCCAAAUUUAAUGAGAAAGAGAUGCGAAACAAGUUGCAGAGCUACGUGGACGCAGGAACUCCAAUGUAUCUUGUGAUUUUUCCAGAAGGUACAAGGUAUAAUCCAGAGCAAACAAAAGUCCUUUCAGCUAGUCAGGCAUUUGCUGCCCAACGUGGCCUUGCAGUAUUAAAACAUGUGCUAACACCACGAAUAAAGGCAACUCACGUUGCUUUUGAUUGCAUGAAGAAUUAUUUAGAUGCAAUUUAUGAUGUUACGGUGGUUUAUGAAGGGAAGGACGAUGGAGGGCAGCGAAGAGAGUCACCGACCAUGACGGAAUUUCUCUGCAAAGAAUGUCCAAAAAUUCAUAUUCACAUUGAUCGUAUCGACAAAAAAGAUGUCCCAGAAGAACAAGAACAUAUGAGGAGAUGGCUGCAUGAACGUUUCGAAAUCAAAGAUAAGAUGCUUAUAGAAUUUUAUGAGUCACCAGAUCCAGAAAGAAGAAAAAGAUUUCCUGGGAAAAGUGUUAAUUCCAAAUUAAGUAUCAAGAAGACUUUACCAUCAAUGUUGAUCUUAAGUGGUUUGACUGCAGGCAUGCUUAUGACUGAGGCUGGAAGGAAGCUGUAUGUGAACACCUGGAUAUAUGGAACCCUACUUGGCUGCCUGUGGGUUACUAUCAAAGCAUAAACAAGUAGCUGUCUCCAGACAGUGGGAUGUGCUACAUUGUCUAUUUUUGGCGGCUGCACAUGACAUCAAAUUGUUUCCUGAAUUUAUUAAGGAGUGUAAAUAAAGCCUUGUUGAUUGAAGACUGGAUAAUACAAUUUGUGACGAAAGCUGAUAUGCAAUGGUCUUGGGCAAACAUACCUGGUUGUACAACUUUAGCAUCAGGGCUGCUGGAAGGGUAAAAGCUAAAUGGAGUUUCUCCUGCUCUGUCCAUUUCCUAUGAACUAAUGACAACUUGAGAAGGCUGGGAGGAUUGUGUAUUUUGCAAGUCAGAUGGCUGCAUUUUUGAGCAUUAAUUUGCAGCGUAUUUCACUUUCUCUGUUAUUUUCAAUUUAUUACAACUUGACAGCUCCAAGCUCUUAUUACUAAAGUAUUUAGUAUCUUGCAGCUAGUUAAUAUUUCAUCUUUUGCUUAUUUCUACAAGUCAGUGAAAUAAAUUGUAUUUAGGAAGUGUCUGGAUGUUCAAAGGAAAGGGUACAAAGUGUUCAUGGGGAAAAAGCUCUGUUUAGCACGAUUUUAUUGUAUUGCGUUAUUAGCUGAUUUUACUCAUUUUAUAUUUGCAAAAUAAAUUUCUAAUAUUUAUUGAAAUUGCUUAAUUUGCACACCCUGUACACACAGAAAAUGGUAUAAAAUAUGAGAACGAAGUUUAAAAUUGUGACUCUGAUUCAUUAUAGCAGAACUUUAAAUUUCCCAGCUUUUUGAAGAUUUAAGCUACGCUAUUAGUACUUCCCUUUGUCUGUGCCAUAAGUGCUUGAAAACGUUAAGGUUUUCUGUUUUGUUUUGUUUUUAAUAUCGAAGGAGUCGGUGUGAACCUUGGUUGGACCCCAAGUUCACAAGAUUUUUAAGGUGAUGAGAGCCUGCAGACAUUCUGCCUAGAUUUACUAGCGUGUGCCUUUUGCCUGCUUCUCUUUGAUUUCACAGAAUAUUCAUUCAGAAGUCGCGUUUCUGUAGUGUGGUGGAUUCCCACUGGGCUCUGGUCCUUCCCUUGGAUCCCGUCAGUGGUGCUGCUCAGCGGCCUGCACGUAGACUUGCUAGGAAGAAAUGCAGAGGCAGCCCGUGCUGCCCACUUUCAGAGUUGAACUCUUUAAGCCGUUGUGAGUGGGCUUCACCAGCUACUGCAGAGGCAUUUUGCAUUUGUCUGUGUCAAGAAGUUCACCUUCUCAAGCCAGUGAAAUACAGACUUAAUUCAUCAGGACUGAAUGAAUUAGUUUAUUUCCCAUUAGGUUUAGUGGAGCUACACAUUAAUAUGUAUCACCUUAGAGCAAGAGCUGUGUUCCAGGAACCAGAUCACGAUUUUCAGCCAUGGAACAAUAUAUCCCAUGGGAGAAGACCUUUCAGUGUGAAGUGUUCUAUUUUUGUGUUAUAAUUUAAACUUUGAUUUCCUCAUAGUCCUUUAAGUUGACAUUUCUGCUUACUGCUACUGGAUUUUUGCUGCAGAAAUAUAUCAAUGGCCCACAUUAAAAAUACCAGUUGGAUCAUGAUAAGCAAAAUGAAAGAAAUAAUGAUUAAGGGAAAAUUAAGUGACUGUGUUACACUGCUUCUCCCAUGCCAGAGAAUAAACUGUUUCAAGCAUCAUCUUUGAAGAGUCAUCUGGUGUGAAUUGGUUUGUAUACAUUAGAAUGUAUGCACACAUCCAUGCACACUCAGGAUAUAGUUGGCCAAUAAUUGGGGCAUGGGUAAAACUUAUGAAAAUUUUCUCAUGCUGAAUUGUAAUUUUCUCUUACCUGUAAAGUAAAAUUUAGAUCAAUUCCAUGUCUUUGUUAAGUACAGGGAUUUAAUAUAUUUUGAAUAUAAUGGGUAUGUUCUAAAUUUGAACUUUGAGAGGCAAUACUGUUGGAAUUAUGUGGAUUCUAACUCAUUUUCACAAGGUAGCCUGACCUGCAUAAUAUCACUUGAAUGUUAGGUUUCAUAGAACUAUACUAAUCUUCUCACAAAAGGUCUAUAAAAUACAGUCGUUGAAAAAAAUUUUGUAUCAAAAUGUUUGGAAAAUUAGAAGCUUCUCCUUAACCUGUAUUAAUACUGACUUGAAUUAUUUUCUAAAAUUAGGAGCCGUAUACCUACCUGUAAAUCUGUUCACAUAUCAUUUAAACUUUUGUUUGUAUUAUUACUGAUUUACAGCUUAGUUAUUAAUUUUUCUUUAUAAGAAUGCCAUCGAUGUGCAUGCUUUUAUGUUUUUCAGAAAAGGGUGUGUUUGGAUGAAAGUGAAAAAAUAAAAUAAAAUCUUUCACUGUCUC